GCCAACUCCAAUUUGACUGGCUGGCAGCCUCGAGGCACCAACCUGGAAGCCAACAUGGGAAUCAGCCUGGGCCGGCCUCGGAAAAUGAGGCCCAAGUCGGUCGAAUGGGCCUCGCCCUGCCAUUGGCCCCCUUCCCUCGGAGGCCUUCUCGCAGACGCGGAGACGCGCACCCGCCCGUUUCUUCUUCCACCUCUUCAACGAGGACGUGAUUCUGCCGCCUGGGAAGGCCUCACAGCCCGGCUGGCUGCGCAAUGGCAAUGCUUCUCUCUGGGUACGUCUGGGUGUGUUCUACAUAGUAGCCGUGUCUACGAAAAGGCAUUAGAUGACCAUAUUUUUUUCUUACCCCUUCCUCUUGACUCUUCCCAGGCCUCCAACCGAGUCGAGUCCAGUUCCCCUCCGGAGCUCAUCAUUUUCCAAUCCGUCCCUCCCAAUUGAUUACCUAGUCAAUACCGUUCCUGUACCUCUCUCCUGAGCCCCCACCCCACCCUUACCCAUAAAACCAUCCCCCGCAACGUCUCACUACACUGUACCCAUCACUCUCAACCACAAUGCCUGCAUCCAAGACUAAGAAGUCAAAGGCCGUCGUCAACCGCUCUGGUCCGGGCAAGACGGCGACGCUGCACACACCGCUGGACAAAGGGCCCAGACUUGAUAAGUACGCGAGGUUGUUGCAUCGCUUCUUCGAGCCCCUGGUAUUGCUCCACACUCUCGGCAAAACCAGAGGCAUACACAGCCCAGCUUCUGUCGAAGAAGGCUCUAUCGAGUUCAAAUGGAAGACAUUCUUGGACGAUCUAUCGUAUGUCUGCGAUUACGACAAGGGAGGUCACACGACCACGGCCAUCGCCAUUGAAGCCGGUCGAGACCGCUAUGUCUUCUGGUUCGCGCUCAACAAGAGUUCCGCCAGGGUUCACACCUUUCUCGAAUCCAUUCUGGCCACGAUCACCGAGAGCAUCCAGCCUGUCAACGCCCAAAACCAGGAGACAAGGGACGAACUCAUCGCCAACUUGAAACGGCGCUGUUUCGAACAUGCGAGGCACAGGAUUAAGAAAGAAGUCAACAUGCUUCGUGCGCAUAUCAAGCGCUGUACGGGGUUCCUUUCUGGAGAGGACGAUGCUGAGCUGGCUCGCUGGCUCGAGCAGUUUCGACAAGGCGAUCACAGCGAAGUCUGUUCGCUGGCUUUUGAGCAUAGACAGUCGCAGGAAAUGCUCGAUAUCAAGAACAGGGGGCGACAGAGCCGUUACAUCACCAGGACCGCGCAGGACAAGAGAUUCGACAGCAAUCCCUUUGAUAAUCCCUUCGCCGCGGCUCACCACCUCAUCGGGAGGCUCGCCCACCAUGAGCGUGCGCCGAAACGUCUCAUGGAAAGCGCUCAGUCCUUCGAGCAGGUGUUGGACAGCAGCUAUGUCGUCAGCCAAGUCCCUGUCCCCGAGCCUGUGCCUGCUCCAGUACCUGACGACAAGACGAACCUUCGUUCGAUCUUGCAUCGAAUGGGGGUCGAUGACGAGGCAACCACUGAGGCUUUGAUGGAUCUCGAAAGGAUGCACGGUAUCGAAGAGCCCCUGCUGGAGGAAUACCGCAACGACACCUUCAAGCCCAUCGUCCACUGCGAGAUCCAGGUCUAUGAGCACUUCAACGCCCCCGGGCGACAAAAGUUGUUCGCUCUCGACUUGCCUGUCAUCGGCUGCAGCAAGGCAGCCUGCUACUGCUGCAAGCUCUACCUCAAGUAUUCUCCCGCACGCUGCAUUCAGCCCGAAUCGCACGAAAACGUCUGGCUCAAUUGGAGCCCGCCGGCACUCCCCUCGGGUCACCUCGACGCUGGAUUCAGGGCACAGCGCGCAGUCCUUCAGGGAAUGAUUGAGGAGAUCCGCCGGGCCGCCGUGGCGCAGAUCCUAGAGCGGCGUGGCCCAGGGACGAGCCACCCAGACUCUACCACAGGCAUCACCAAGCUGACCGCGAGGAACCCUGUUCGUGCUCGGGAUGUCGGGCAAAGCAUCGCUGCCUUGAGUAUCCAAAGCCCGGCUGAGUAUCUACGCUGGGAUGGAGGAAGCGAAUACGGCUUCGGCGAGGACGCCGCGCGCAGCCCGUCUCGACCCAGCUCCCCCGCUAGAUCCGAGUCGUCCGAGACCCGGAGCAGCUUGGACUUUGCCCCGAGCCCUGAAAGCCGCAGCCCAGACGCAGACCUGGGCGGGUCUGAUUUCGACUCGGAUGGCGAUGACGGAGGCGGCGUUCUUCUGUUUACGCCACGAAAGCAAAACUGGCCUCGCAUUUGAGAUAUUUGAUCGCUCCGGUUGGGGGAUAUUGGGUGAAGUGGCCGUCUAUUUAUUUCCAAUAGCUUCAAAGGAUUUACAGUAUUGGCAAUCUACUUGAGUGGCCCAUCGCCCCGGGCGAUCGAAUUACCAGACGGACAAUCAGCCUAGCUAAUUAUCGUCUCAUUAGGAUUAGGAAUCAAAGUCGCUGCUCAUGCAAGUUCGCAUGCCCUUGUCCUCGGGCUCCUCGAGCUUGGCAGGUGGAGGAGCCCUCACGACACCCUCCACCAUUCGUUUUCCCCUCCUGGACCCGCCAGGCUCGAAUCUCGAAUCUCGUGAAACCUGGCCCCGGUCUCCUGUAUGGAAGCACCGUCUCCGGCCGUGCCCGGCUUCUCCGAUUUGCAGCAGGUCCCGACGGUUCCGAGCCGGCGGGCCCCCCCUCCUCCCCC